UCGAAGAGGAUCGCCCAAGCAAAUCCUCUCUGACAACGGAACGAAUUUUGUCGGUGCAAGCAAAGAAAUGAGAAAACUCCACGGUGGCCCCGUUAUUGACUUCGCUACGAAUGGAAGAAUACGAUGGCGCUUCAUCCCCCCGGCCGCGCCUUUUAUGGGGGGGGCCUGGGAACGGUUAGUGCGCACCGUGAAGAACGCGCUCAAGACAACUCUCAAAAACAGGUCCCUCCCCAAAGAGGACACAUUCAGAACAUUGCUCUUAGAGGCUGAGGCAAUCGUCAACUCCCGGCCACUGACGUACGUCCCCACGGCGACCGACGCUCCAGAAGCGAUAACACCAUUCCACUUUCUAAUAGGCACGUCAUCGGUGGUUCCUUGGACUAACGACCUGACAGAUGGGGAGUUUUCACAACGCCAGGAGUGGCGGAAGGCACUUCGGCUGGCGGACCACUUCUGGGCUCGAUGGCUGCGGGAGUACCUGCCAACGCUGAGAGAGAAACUGAAGGAGUCCCAACCAUAUCAAGACAUAAAGGAGGGGGACGUGGUGCUGAUCGUGGACCCUACCCUUCCGCGCGGCUUGUGGCCGCUAGCCAAGGUCUUGAGGACGUACCCCGGUCAGGACGGUCGAGUCCGCGUAGCGGACCUCCUCACGAAGGGAGGUACGCUGUGUCCCACUGGGGGCGGGUAUGUUGGCGACUGGCUGGACAGACCAUUCUGUUUUUAAAUAUUGUAUUUUUUACUU